AGCCUGCUCGCGGCCAUCAUGCUUCCCUCAAUUGUGCUCUUCGCAGGUCUCGUCAACCUUGUAUCCAGUGCGGCUGUGAACAAUAUACGACCCCUAGUAAUAUGGCACGGACUGGGUGAUACCUACGCGUCUCCUGGUAUGGUGCGCUUUGAGAGCGAAGUCAAGGAGAUGCACCCCGGCAUAUUUGUCCACUCCAUCUUCAUCGACGAGGACCCAAAUACAGACCAGCGUGCAGGCUUCUAUGGCAAUGUGAACCAACAAAUUGCACAAGUCGCCCAGCAGCUUGCUGAGAUACCCGAGCUCAGCCGCGGUUUCGAUGCUAUAGGGUUCUCACAGGGAGGGCAAUUCCUUCGUGGCUACGUGGAACGCAAUAACAGCCCGCCAGUGCACAAUUUGGUCACCUUUGGGUCACAGCACAUGGGGAUAUCAGAUUUGCCAGUAUGCAACCCGAUGGAUUUGCUUUGCCAGGUCGCGCGCCGAGCAGCAAACAGGGGUGUGUACACCGAAUGGGCACAAGAGCAUCUUGUUCAGGCUCAGUAUUUCAGAGACCCGCAACGGCUCUCGCUAUACAUUUCCUCAGGGAGCUUCUUACCGGACAUCAAUAACGAAGUUUCACUCCCAUCUUCUCGUAAUCCAUCAUAUGCAGAUAACCUUGCCUCGCUGAAUAAGCUUGUCCUUGUCCUCUUCGCCCAAGAUAAAACCGUGGUACCCAAAGAGAGCGCUUGGUUUGGUUCUGAGCAACCACUCGAAGACAUCACUUUUGAACCAUCUGGAUCCGAUCAGACGCCGAUACUCAGUGCACCGAAUACCAAAGACAUGAUUCCGAUGCGUCUACAGCCCCUCUACAAAGAAGACUGGAUAGGUCUUCGAAAGCUUGACGAAUGCAGCGCGAUCGAAUUCGUAGCUUGUAAGGGGGAGCAUAUGCAGCUUGAUGGCUGCUGGGAAGACCUAGUCGCUAAGUGGGUGGGAGGAUCUUUGAGCGCGAGCUGAGGCACACAUCUCACUUUAGUGAGAGUACUCUGCCACGCUUGCUUGGAUUGCACAGUGCACCGUUGUCAAUGUAUUUCAUUUUAUGUGGACGGAAUGUGGUGUCACGAUUUAUUCCACCAGAAUCUCUAGCACAGUACUCAGAUGAUUCGCACAAAAUAAUCUUAUUAGAUACUAUCACUAUUACGUUACGCUCGCGGAUGGG